GUAAAAUCUCUUUCUUCAACUGGUAAAAUCUCUUGUCAUUGAAAGAGAUUUUACCAAUUAUUCGAGAUAAUAGGUGAAGAGAUUUUACUUAAUAAAUAGCCCUGUGGUUGUUGUAUAAGUUAUUCAAUUGGCAAUAAUAGGUUUGAGUCUCCAUGUUGUUCAGGAAUAUGAUUAAGAAGUUAAGGAUAUUUUGGAAGAGAAUAAAUUCAAUAAAGACGUGGGGUAAACAUAGGUGUUUAUGCCCUCCAAUAAAAUGAUGCCACAUCAAUUUUUUUUAAAUGAUUUCAUGUAAAAGAGUAUUGACUAACACACAUGAUCACAAUCCCCUUGAAUAUAUUCAUAUAUUAAUAAUAAAUCAAAAAUGAAAAAAUCAAACAAACAAAAAUAACUCCGUGCGUAAAUUGGCAGCCGACACUGCAAGACUAAAAGACAAGUGGGGUCAUCAUUGAUGAUGGUAGAAAAGUUGAAUCAAAUUUCAGAACCAAAAAAACAUGUAUAAAUUCUCACACAUACACAUUGAAAGAAACGGAAAUAUAAUAAGGACAGUCCAAGAAAUUUCAUUGAAAUUUCCUAUUUGCUCUUUAGUUUCAACAUUAUUCCUUAACCUAACAUUAAGACUUUUGAAAGUCUACAGUGGCGUCUUUCCAAGACGGCUACCAAUUUUUUGAUAAGAAGACUACCAAUUACCAAAGUUGUAAUGCGAUAGAUGAACAUGGCCUCCUUGUUCUGCAUCCUUACACUCCCACACAAGUUGGUCUGAACAAGUAGUCAUGGGAUUUCUUAGCAAGAGAAGCUUGUUGGCUGUCUUUUGUUGCUAUUGUUUAAACUUAGGCGUUGCAUUAGACACCAUUAAAUCUUCUCAAUCCCUCAGAGACCCUGAUUUCAUAAUCUCUCGUGGGAGUUCUUUCAGAAUGGGAUUUUUCAGCCCUGUAAAUUCUACCAACCGCUACCUUGGGAUAUGGUACAAUAAGAUUUCGGUAGUCACUUAUUUGAGUGUAGUUUGGGUAGCUAACAGAGAGAAACCCCUUAAGGAUUCUUCUGGGGUUCUUACUAUAGAUGAGGAUGGAAAUCUUGUGGUACUAAAUGGACAAGCAGAGAUUCUAUGGUCAUCAAAUGUUUCAAAUUCUGUACCCAAUUCAAGUGCCACUCUGUUGGAUUCCGGUAACCUUGUCUUGCAAGGCGACACAACAGGAGCAAUAGUAUGGGAGAGUUUUCAACAUCCUUGUGAUACAUUCUUGCCAAGGAUGAAACUUACUACUAAUUUAAGGACAAAUCAGAGAGUACAACUGACAUCAUGGAAGAGCCCUUCUGAUCCAUCCACUGGAAGAUUCUCGAUAGGCAUUAAUCCACAAAACAUUCCCCAAGGUUUUGUUUGGAAAGACGGUCAUCCAUAUUGGCGGUAUGGUCCAUGGAAUGGUCAGGUCUUUACUGGAGCACAGAGCUGGGUUCUAGAUUAUCAUAAUGGAUACACUUUAGUAUAUGAUAAAGAAGAGACAAUUUAUGAAACCUACGCUUACAUGAACGUGUUAGGUUUGUCAAAGCAUUUUUUGGAUUCACAAGGAAAUUCAAUGCAGAUACAUUGGAAUGAUGAGAAGGAGGAUUGGGAGGUUGUUGGGUUCGCUCCGGCAAAUGAAUGUGAUGUUUAUGGCACCUGUGGUGCAUUUGGAAGCUGUUAUGCGCUGAGUUCACCAAUCUGCAGUUGUUUGAAAGGGUUUGAGCCAAAGAUUGUUGAGGAAUGGAAUAGAGGUAAUUGGAUGAGUGGAUGUGUGAGGAGGACACCAUUGCAGUGUGAAAGGGUGAACAAUAGAAGUGAAGGAGCAGGAAAAGCAGAUGGGUUUUUGAAAUUGGAGAUGGUCAAAGUGCCAGACUUUGCAGAGUGGUCAUAUCGAACUAAAGAUGAUUGUCGAAAGCAGUGCUUGGAGAACUAUUCCUGUGUAGCUUAUGCAUAUGAUACUGGCAUUGGUUGUAUGUCAUGGAGUGGAAACCUAAUUGACCUGCAAAAAUUCUCCAUUGGUGGGUUGGAUAUAUAUAUUCGUUUGUCUUAUUUGGAAUUUGAAAAUGAGAGAAAUUUGAAAGUAAUCAUCACAAUUACAAUGAUUAUUGGAGCAAUGGCCAUUCCUAGCACUGCAUACUUCUUAUGGAGUUGGAUGACCAAAAAAAGAGAAUUUGCCACAGAAAAGAAAAAUAAAAGCAGGGAGACUGUACCAUCCAAAAACCUGAACAAUGUUAAACUCCACGAGUUGCCAACUUUUAGUUUGGAAGAAUUGGCAACUGCAACAAACAACUUUCAUGUAGCUAAUGUGCUUGGCCGAGGUGGCUUUGGUACAGUCUAUAAGGGAAAGUUGCGUGAUGGACAGGAAAUAGCAGUGAAAAGACUGUCAAGAUCCUCUGGACAAGGGCUUGAAGAAUUUAUGAAUGAGGUGUUUGUGAUCUCUAAGCUGCAACAUCGAAAUCUUGUAAGACUUCUUGGCUGCUGCAUUGAGGGAGAAGAGAAUAUGUUGGUCUAUGAGUACAUGUCAAACAAAAGUUUGGACGCAAUUGUUUUUGAUCCACUCAACCAAAAACACCUUGAUUGGAAAAACCGCUUCAACAUUAUUGAAGGAAUUAGUAGAGGCCUGCUCUACCUUCAUAGGGAUUCUAGAUUGAAGAUUAUUCAUAGGGAUCUAAAGGCAAGUAAUAUCUUGUUAGAUGAAGAGCUAAAUCCAAAAAUAUCGGACUUUGGAAUUGCCAGAAUUUUUGGAGGUAGUGAAAAUCAAGCCAAUACUAAAAGGGUCAUCGGGACAUACGGAUAUAUGUCUCCUGAAUAUGUAAUGCAAGGCUUUUUCUCAGAGAAAUCAGACGUUUUUAGCUUUGGUGUGUUGUUACUUGAGAUUGUUAGUGGGAGAAAAACCACUUGCUUUUAUGAUGAUCAGCAGUACUACUUGAGCCUUGUAGGAUUUGCAUGGAAAUUGUGGAAUGAUAACAACAUAAUGGCUUUGGUAGACCCAACAAUAUGGGAUCCUGGCUUUCAAAUGGAGAUGUUGAGAUGCAUACAUGUGGGACUGCUGUGUGUGCAAGAAUUGGCAAGAGACAGGCCAACAGUGUCGACUAUAAUUUCAAUGCUUAAUAGUGAGAUUCUAGAUCUGCCCACUCCAAAGCAACCUGCAUUCACCGAAAGGCAGAUUGCUUCAAAUGAAAAGCCUGUUGAAAUGGGCCAGAUAAAGUCCUCUAGUUGUAAUAUCACCAUUACAACAGUUUAUGCUAGAUAGGAAGAAAAUGCUUGAGAUAGCAUUCCCUUUGUUUAGCAUCUUUAAGCAUGCAAACAGUACUCUCCUUUCAAAGUUCAGAUAUAACAAAGUUUGAAUUCUACA